AUGAGCCUGGAGUCCCCAUUCCAGCUCAAGCAAACUAACGUCAGUCGCCCACGUCUCUCCCACUCAGACUCGCAGCAAAGCAUUGCUGCGUCUCAAGCCGCCUCAGAGGGCUACUACAGCCUCUCCGAGAACUCGUCGAGCGAGAGUGAUACUCGCAAGCUCCGCUACACCACACCGCCUUCUCAAUACCGCACGCCAGCAGAAAGUCAUGAGCAUUUGCAGAACCACGCCGACGCAGCGAUAGCAUCAUUACGGGGAGUGGGCGUCCAGCGCCACCCACCACCCACCAACGACCGCCCUGUCUCCACCAUUGUCGAAGAGCGAUCAGACACCCAGGCAAGCAGGCAGCGGCCCAUGGACUCGGAGUCAAUGGCCACCACCCCCGGCAUGGACACGACCCCCUACAUCCGUUUUGCUAUCGAUCAGCUCACGCGCGAUGAAGAAGUGCGAGGCAGUCGCAUGUAUCCGCAAGAUCACGAAGAUGCGACACAGGUGUCUGACGAUGACCCCGAAGAUGAGGCCGACUACCCAGUCGAGCGCAUAGUGUCCGAUGAGCGUCUGGGCUAUAUGGCGCAGAAUGCUCGAACUCAAGACAGAUUAUCGCGGCACAUGCCGCAAAGGAAGUCCCGACAAGCGCCGAGCUCACAGGAAGGUGCGCUGGCAGUGAAACAACUACAUCAGGAACGGACGCCAGAAAAGGCGCAGAAGGACGUUUUUAUCGCUCAUGACGUGCCCCACGCGCCACUGAACUUUCUGCCCGGCAUUCUUCGUCCUCUCUGGCUUCUUCUGUUCGCCUUUACAUGCUUACUCAUGCUCGCGGCUCUCAUCUUCUGUGCCAUCUAUUCGAACCGACAAAACGGCAUUGGACUAUGGGAUUACCAAGUAUUCGGUGACAACCGAUACUUCGUCUUCGAGUACCUGCCAACACUGCUCGGAGCACUCAUUCUUCUGUGGCUUAUCCAGGUGCAGGUCGCACUGCAGCGGGUAGUGCCCUUCAUCGCUAUGGCCUCAAAUCAGUACCACCAGCGGUCAGAGGCUAUCUUUCUGCAGCUUUACCCGACCCAGUUUCUGUUUCCCAGAACAGAGUACUUCCGCGCCGGUCAGCCCUUAGUCGGCGUAUGCUUCUUCAUUUUCUGGCUCUUUCAAUGGACGAUACCCCUUCUUGCGUCUUCUUUCAACGUACGAUAUGAUAUGGAUAGAACAGUCUGGCGAUGGGUGGCUGUACAGGGUGUUAUGUGGACGGUAAUUGUGCUAUACAUACUAUUGGUGGUAGCACUGCUUGUGCUGGUGAUCAUUCUCCGGAAGCCAACGGGGCUAAAGUGGGAUCCUCGCUCCCUGGCCGAUAUCGUGACGCUCAUGGAACGUUCGAACAUCACGACCGACUACCGCGGCGCCGAGACGUUUGAGAAAAGGGACUUCGAUAACCUGAAAGGAAGAUCGGAUCGCUUGGGGUACUGGAGCACGACACGAAGCCCGAAUGACGUCUUCCAUGGCAUCGGCGAAGAAGGCGUCGCAACCCGAAGGUAUUCAGUUGAAGACGGGCGUAUCCGAGAGAAAGGUGCAGAGCGCACAUACCCGGAUGCAGCGGCUGUACGGCGAAGCCAUCGACCAAGCGACUUUUCUAUCCGCAUGGACAUCCGCAGCCCCAAUGUCCGUUUGAGGUAUCUCCCUUGGUGGCUGCGCACCUCAGCCGUGUUGCUCUGGAUCGUCACCGCCAUGGUGCUUCUGGUUGCAUUCCUGGUCAUCAGCUUCGUCAACAGUGCGGUCCGCCUGGGCUUCCUUCCCCAGGUCUUUGCCCGCACUAACGCUGCCGGAUUCUCCGCCUCAAACUUCCUCUACUCAUUCAUCCCGGCGCUCAUUGGCCAAAUCCUCUUCCUCAUCAUCCUCACCUUCGACUACACCUUCCGCGUUCUUCGCCCGUACAUUUCGCUUUCCUCCAAAGGCGGCGCAACAGCAGAAACUUCCCUCCUCAUCGACUACUCUUCCCGCCUUCCUCUCUCUGUCACAUUUGCCGCGCUAGAAAACCAGCACUACCAGAACGCCAUCCUAUCCCUCGUCUCGCUCACCUCCUUCGCAAUUCCCAUCCUCGCGGGCGGCUGCUUCUGGACGCAGUACUACCCCAAUUCGGACGUCGUUCGCGUUGCCGCUGAGUUACCCGGGUACUACGCACUGUGCUUCUUCCUCGCGCUCUACGCCGUCACUUUGCUGGCUGUCUGGCCCGGCAGAAGGCGGGCAGCGCUCCCACACCGCAGCACCAGCUUUGCGGAGAUCAUCAGCUGGGUAUACCAAAGUCCGAUCCUCACAGACCGCGCGUUCAGCCGCCCGCAGACGAAGCCCGAGCUUGUAGCACGGCUCAUGGGCUCAGCGUAUGCGGAGCGAUCAUGGGCGCAGUCUGUAACUUCGCUUAUGCGUCCGUCCCGCGAUAACUUGAAGGAUGAGCAGGGCGCGAGGAGAGGGAAGAAGCACGUGGAGAAAGAUGGCGUUGAGAGACACAACUCUACGCUAGAGCCAGGCAAGACGCGGUACGGCUUUGGCAUUCAUGUCGGUCGGGAUGGCCUCGAACAUCUCGGCAUCGAUCGUGUAAGGCGCGGAGGCGAGCGAUCCGGACGCGAGCUUGUUAUUUGGGAGGAGCAGAAUCGGAGGAGCUGGGUUGGUUCUUCGGCGUGA